AUAGGAAGAUAGUCUGUUACGCAUAACCUCAGUAUUCGGGCCGCGCAGUGGAUGGUAGUAUGACUCCGCUGCUAGACGAGAUCGCAAAAUGCGACAGACGUCAUCAGUGUUUGACAUAUCUAGGUAGUCCGGAUAAAUAUCGAAACUUUGUGAUGACAAGCUUCCAACGGUGGAAAGUAAGGCUAAAAAAGGCUCAAGCGCUUCCCUGGAAGUCGGGUCCCAGUCGUGGUGGCCUAACCACAAUGUUUUCGUAAGCUUUUCUGGUGCAAGGGUGAAUCCCUGGCCGUCUUGCUCACGCGAAGAGACGGUAUAUGGAGGAGUGCAAGUUUUCGAACCACAUUGUUAUCAGUCACUUUACCCUCUUCGCCAGUAUCUUACAUCUCAUCCACGAUACCCGCGUGUUCAAUCAUGACUCGCAAGAAGAUCCUCCUCACCGGCGUCACAGGCUACAUCGGUGGUAGCGUACUCCAUCAAUUACUCCGCAGCAAACACCCAUCGAUCCAAGAGGCCGAGAUAGCGUGUCUGGUUCGUGGCCAGGACAGAGUUGCGCAGCUUCACAAUGCCUUUGGCUCCAGGCUCAAGGUUGUGCUCUUCGAGGGCCUGGAGGAUACGGCGCAUCUUGUCGAGAUAGCAAGUCAGUACGAUGUCGUCUUCAACAUGACGCUGGGCUAUCAUCUUGCCAGCGCUGUAGCCUUCGUUAAAGGCCUUUCCUUACGCCGAGUGCACACUGGCAGAGACGUAUGGCUGGUGCAUACUUCGGGCGUUUCGAAUCUCGCUGACCAACCACUUUCCGGGGAUCACAUUGAACCCAGCCCGGAUCGGGAAUUCAACGAUUCCGAGGACGACAUCUAUACCUAUGAGAAGAGGCGCAAUGCUAGGAGGAGAUACAUCCAGCGGACGACGGAGUUGGGCAUGAUAGACGCUGGUCUCGAGUCAGGCGUGAAGACAGUCGUCCUCAUGUCUCCAUUGAUCUACGGUGUGAGUGAUGCCUCCACGUCCCCGCAAUCUGCGGAACCCCAUGGUACUAACUCCUAGGCCAGGUUGGCACGGGAUUAUGGAACAAGCGUAGUCUGCAAGUGCCUCGGUUGGUCCGAGCGGCGAUAACGGAAGGCCAAGCCAUCGUUGUUGGUGAUGGCAAGGGUGUAUGGGAUAACGGUACUUCUUUCGCGGCAGGUUAGUUACACGAUGUACGCUAACUUGGUGCUGCAGUCCAUAUCGAGGACCUUGCAAGAUUAUACGAGCUGACGCUCAUCGACAUCUUGUCAAAGGAUGGCGCCUCCCUUCCAACGGGCAAGCAGGGCGCUAUUUUCAGCGCGCAUCGACGUCACACGUGGAUUGACGUGUCGCAGGCGGUCGCAGA